GCUCUCUUUAUUUAGUUUCAGUUUUAAAACACAUUUUUAUUUUCUACAAAACUAAAUUUUAAUAAUGCAGAAGUAGAAAGUGAUUGAUUUGACUGUUGUGUUAAAACAAAUUUGAAACGUUCUAGUGUGAAGUGUAGCUGGCUCGAUAUAACUGUCAGUCUGGGUGUAGAAAUUUAUUUGUAAUUUUCACCGGUUCUGUUCAAUAACCGAAUGAAUUAGACAAUAUUAGAACAAACGUUUAUUAUUAAAAUAUAAUGUUAAUUAGUGUUUAUGGUGUAUAAAUCAGUGCUAAAAUGGAUGACGACACUAUUAAAAUUCAAUCUGGGAUUAACAUCAACAUCAAGAGAACAGAUGGCCGCAUUCACUCGGCGAUCGUCUCCGGGCUUAACUUGGAGGCCAGGUCGGUGACAGUGGAAUGGUACGAGAAAGGCGAGACCAAGGGCAAGGAGGUGGAGAUUGACGCGAUCCUUGCCCUCAAUCCAGAAUUGUCAGUUGGUACCAGAAACACUUCGCAUUUGCAGCCAGCACCUAAUAAAUUGACUCGGGACAUGACGCGUCAAUCCAUCCCAGUGGCUACGAAGGCGCCAGCACGGGUGACUCGUAACAAUCAGGCACGUGUGUCCAACGUAGGUGCUUACACCAAUGGGCACGGUGGUGACACGACCGGACGCAGAGGGGCAGAAAAUGUCCCGCCGCCGGUGCAGGCCACGGCGCAGCCACCCAAUUCUAGAAUGACUCAGCAGUUCAAUCCCCCGCCAGUAUCAUCAGCACGGCCUGCAGCAGUCUCCAGUAAUGUCUACAUACCACACCAGGUGGCGUCUGGGGCCGUGAGACGCUCCAACGUGGUAAAGGAAGUGGAGAGGCUUAAGGAGAAUCGCGAGAAACGACGGCAGAGACAGGCUGAGCUCAAGGAGGAGAAGGAAGCCCUUAUGAACAUGGACCCCGGUAAUCCAAACUGGGAGUUUCUGGCAAUGAUCCGCGAAUACCAGAGUAGCAUUGAGUUCCGGCCGUUGCUAGGCAACGAGCCGGUUGAAGACCAUCAAAUCACAGUAUGCGUUAGGAAGAGGCCGUUGAACAAAAAAGAAGUUGGUAAGAAAGAGGUGGACGUAAUAAGUGUACCGACGAAGGAUCAAAUGAUAGUACACGAGCCGAAGAACAAAGUGGAUCUCACGAAAUACCUCGAGAACCAGAAAUUCCGCUUCGAUUACGCGUUCGAUGAUUCUUGUACUAACGAAAUUGUUUAUAAAUAUACAGCAAAACCUCUAGUUCAGACAAUAUUUGAAGGCGGUAUGGCUACGUGCUUCGCGUACGGACAGACCGGCUCAGGGAAAACUCACACAAUGGGGGGAGAUUUUCAAGGCAAGCAGCAAGACUGUAAGAAGGGCAUAUACGCGAUGGCGGCGCGUGAUGUGUUCACAUACCUCAAGUCUCCCAAGUACAAGCCGCUUAACCUCAUAGUAUCCGCUUCCUUCUUCGAGAUAUACUCCGGAAAAGUAUUCGACCUACUAGCGGACAAGGCGAAGUUACGAGUGCUAGAAGACGGCAAACAGCAAGUGCAGAUAGUGGGUUUGACUGAGAAAGUUGUAGAUAAUGUUGAUGAAGUUCUCAAGCUUAUACAACACGGGAACUCUGCUAGGACUUCGGGACAGACAUCAGCGAAUUCAAACUCAUCCCGGUCGCACGCCGUUUUCCAAAUAAUAGUCCGGUCUCCGGGAAUGCAUCGCGUGCACGGAAAAUUCUCUCUCAUCGAUCUCGCGGGUAACGAAAGGGGCGCCGACACAUCCUCCGCCAAUAGGCAGACACGUAUGGAAAGUGCCGAGAUCAACAAAUCUCUUCUAGCGUUGAAGGAGUGUAUUCGGGCUCUGGGAAUGAAAGGGAAUAACCAUUUACCGUUCAGAGUCUCCAAGCUAACACAGGUGCUCCGUGACAGUUUCAUUGGCGACAAAUCUCGCACUUGUAUGAUUGCUAUGAUCUCACCCGCCAUGUCUUCUUGUGAACACUCGCUCAAUACCCUGCGAUAUGCUGACAGAGUGAAAGAGCUAGGAACAUCUGAAGGCCCCAGACGCGGCGAGUCCCCUCUUGCGGAUGUUGAGAUGGAGCCCGAACAAGACGAUCUCGCGCAUCUGCGCUCUCUUAAUAAUAAUUGUUAUCUAGUGUACCCUGAGGAAGGCGACAUGUCAGCUGAGAUGUACAACUUCCACGAAGCGAUAGACGAGCUUCAGCGUGCUGAGGAAGAAGUUUUGGACAAUCAUAAGGCAAUCUCUGACUAUAUGCAGCAUACUCUGCAAAGAUGCAAUCAGUUGCUCGGUAUCACUAGAGACGUGGACUAUGAUCAGGAUGCAUAUGCGACGCAGUGGGAGGAGCUUUUGAACGAGCAAUUGGCCGUGUUGGCUCAAUCUCGUGACUUGGUCGCCGAAUUUCGCACCAAAAUGCAGCAGGAGGAACAUAUAUCGCGACACAUUCAGCCCCCGCGCCAUCAGUAGAUAUGGAAUUUAAUUUGCAGUUUUCGAGUCUUGCAACUGGCAACAUUGUCAACUGUCAACAUUGUCAACUGUCAAACGACGUUGUAGCCGUCAUUCGGUUUCUGUGCUGUAAGCUCUCCGUCAUUAUAGUUUCUUAGUAUUUUGUUAGAAAUAGUUUUCUGGCUUUGAUCCAACAACUUAAUUUGUCACAGUUCUCAUUUUAUUUGUGUAUUACUUGUAUGUUUCUAUGAAAGCUUUUUAAUAAACACUUGUUUCUUUUAUUUUACAACAUAUGUAGUAAAGUUCCUAUGUAUAUAAGCACUAUGUAUGCAUUUGUCCAGACUUCCUUUUAAGAGAAAUAGAAACCAGAGUCGGGUUUGACGUUUGACUGUGUUGCCAUGCAUGACGGCCACUUCGUAUUUGGUCAGCUGUGACAUAAACGGCUAUAACACAGUAGAUCUUUUUGCCGAAACAAUGAAUGUGUAGCUGGGCUACUUAUGUUCGCAAUUCUAAUACAACAAUUUAACUCAUCUAACUACAUUACGUCAAUCGAGAUACCGUCGUAUUAUUAAUAUAUUAUUAGAGACUGUUUAUUUUAAGAUGUGUUUUAAGCACGAGCGAAGCCCGCGUCACAUCUUUGGGCGUUAAACUUUUGAUGGAUUUUGUAACUGAUAGACAACUAUAGUCUUAACGAUUUUUAUUGAAAUAAAAAUGUUUUAAAGUGA